AUGAUGGCCCGUCUGGAUGCCGCGUACCUCCACUACCUCAAUGCCCUCGGAUACACGUCCGAUGACGACCCCGGCCAGGUGGGCCCCGACCCCGGCCCGGCCCACUCCCGGCACAAUAGUCCCCGCCCCAUGACGCCGGAGCCGCCGAGCCUCUCGCCCGGCCCCGAGGAGCACUACCUCUCCGGGCCGGACCCGUACUUUGACAUGCUGAUUCGCUUUGCCAAAGCACACCGCGUCUACCUCAGGGCACUCGCCGACCGGGAGGAUGCCCAUGACGCGGCCCAUGCCGAGGACGGGCCCGAUCACCGGCCAGGCGUCGUGCCGGGCCCCCAGCCGCGACCAGCCCGCGCGGGCCACGCAGCCCCCCGGCGCACCGGGCCCCAGCCCAUUGGCCAGAACUUCAGGGUGGCACCCCCGCCCCCGCCCCCGCGCCGGGAGGGCCGCCAGCGCCGCGUCGGAGAGACAUGGCGCCAUGCGGCGGCGUCCUACACGAAAAAGGGCCCGCUCAUGUAG